AUGUCUUCAUCCCAAACCUCUGAUGUUGCGGAUAUGCCACACCAUCUGGUUACCAUGAUAGAGUCCAAUCUUGAAGAAGAACAGUAUGACGGCGCGCUCGACUUGCUGGACCAGCUGCGUUCUCCCAACUAUAGGCCGCCACCAGCGCAGAUUCGGCAGCUGGUUUAUAUGUCUCUUAUUCCUGUGGACAAGAAACAAACCGAACAACUCUCAUCCGCGUCACCUACCAAGACCGCAAGGCGGAUCAAAGCGCCGGCACUACCCCCUGCAGAAGCUAUAUACCGUGCGCGACGCCUGCUAUCUUCAUUCAGCGUCACCAAUACACCUGAACAACUCUUCGAUGCUCUCCCGGGAUACCAUACUUCUACUUCCAUGUCUGCUCUUGACGAAGACGAUAUCUAUAGCAUGAUUGGCAAAGCAGCUCUAUCAAUCCUGGAAUGCAAAGAUUGCUGGUCCUUCCUCGUCGAGGACUUUACCAAUCGCCGGCUCUCUGCGUUCGCAUCACCCAAGAAGGGCAAGGGUCGCCGCGCAAGCACGCGAUAUGUCGUGGAGGCUGAUGAACUCGGGCACCAUGACCCGGACGAAAGCCCCAAGUUCGUCGGCCGGGAGUCUUGGGACGUGCUCGAAUGGCUCGUCGACCUCCUGGAACGCGAUCAAGGAGCGGCCCAGCACACCGGUUCCCCGCCCUUCGCCCCCCUCCUCCUGACGCAGAUUCCCCCGCCGAAAGCAAAUGGGAUGACUCGCUGGGAGACAGAUGCGCCACUCAACAUUGUAUUCUAUUGCUUGGACCAGGCAGAGGACCGGCGGGUUCGCGUGGGUCUGCGCUUGAUGACGCUCCUGGCGAACCUGGCGGCGGCCGGCCAGAUAGACGGGGGCAUCUUCACGAGCGCCGUGGUAUCUCGACUUGCCGCAAAGCCGGCGACACUCUUCUCGCGGCUCUUCGCUGGCCUCCCAGCGACGACGAGUGUGGCGCGCUUCAAGGUCGCCCUCUGCCGCAACCUGCUCGCUGGCUCGAGGCAGGCGAACAGGGGGCCGCGUCCAAAGCCGCAAGCACGGGCCCGCCCGCGCACGUCCAACGUCUCCAGAGCUGCUGCCGCCAACGCAGAACCACCGAAGCCCGAGGGCGAGUCGACGAUACCGCGCGCUGAGCCCCUUCCCCUGCCCGAGCUUUCGGAAUUGCUACAGUUGGUCGAGCGAACGACGUACGAUAAGCAGAUACUGUCAGACUUAGACGCGUACUGUCGCGUCAAGUUCGAGCUGCUCAGCUCGUAUGCCUAUUUACAGGGACCAGGAUCAACGACGGGGGAUGGAGACACCCCUUGGGCGCUGGCAACAGCCGAUGGCAGCGUCCGGAAGGCUGUAGACGCGGCCUUCGGACGCGGUGAGACGGGACGGCCCUAUCGCGAAGGCCUAUCCUAUCUGUUGCGUCUGGAUUCAUAG